UCCUUCUUCAGUAGUCUUCAUCACAAGAAGAAGAGGAAGCAUGGAUGAGAAUUCAGCUCUGAUCGAAUCGAUUCUCAGAGAGGAGGACGCAGCCGUGGCGGACAAGUAUGUCAAGAAGAUGACCGCGCCUGUCCAGAACGGCGACGCAUACGCCUGGCAGACCGUUUCAUACCACAAGAGAAACCGGCGGUCAAUUCCGCCGGAUUCCGCCGACGUCUUCCGCUCCGUCGAGCUGCCUUCCGAGGACCGCCGGAGGAGAAUUCGAGACGCUCGUCAAACGGAUUCCACUGUUGCCGCAGUCGGAUCCCCGCCGCAUUCCGACGGUUGUAGCGACGGCGAGGUCGCCGGUGCCGUGGAAAACGGCGAGGCGAAGAAGGUUAAGGUGAAGAAGCCGAAAAAACCGAAGAUGACUGUGGCCGUGGCCGCUGCCAAGAUCGACGCAGAUCAUCUCGCCGCUUUUCUCGCCGAGAUAACCGAGGUGUAUCAAUCACAGCAAGACAUUCUGCUUAUGCGUCUGGCUGAUUAUUUCGGCCGAGCAUUUGCGUCUGUCGGUGCGGCUCAGUUUCCAUGGUUGAAGAUGCUAAAGGAAUCCACAGUCUCUAAGAUGGUUGACAUCCCUCUUUCUCAUAUAUCAGAAAAUGUGUAUAAGACAUCAGUUGACUGGAUCGGCCAGCGCUCUACUGAAGCCCUUGGGUCAUUUGUGUUGUGGUCGCUAGAUUGCACUCUUGCUGACCUUGCAAGUCAUCAGGGAGCAGCUAAGGGAUCCAAAAAGGUGGUCCAGCAACCUUCAAGAUGUCAGGUUGCCAUUUUCAUGGUUUUAGCAAUGAUUUUGCGAAGAAAACCUGAUGUAUUGAUUAGUCUCUUUCCUGUGAUGAGGGAAAGUUCAAAAUAUCAAGGCCAAGAAAAGCUUUCGCUCACAAUUUGGUCGAUUACGCAGGCCUCUCAAGGAGAUUUGGUUGUUGGGCUGUACGCGUGGGUACAUCUUCUGCUGCCUGUAUUGAGUAGCAAGUUGGGUUGUAAUCCACAGUCGAGAGACUUGAUUUUGCAGUCAGUUGAAAGAAUUUUAUCUUCUCCAAAAGCUUGCCCUAUUCUAUUAAACGGUGCCGUCCGGAAAGGGGAGCACAUUGUGUCGCCAUCAGCUCUUGAUAUCUUGAUGAGAGUUUCUUUUCCUUCAACUUCAGCGCGAAUUAAGGCAACUGAGAGAUUUGAGGCUGUCUAUCCAAUCUUGAAAGAUAUCGCUCUGGCUGGAUCCCCGGGUAGCAAAACAGUGAGGCAGGUUGCAAAGAGCACUCUGGACUAUUCAAUUAGAGCUAUGAAUGAAGGCAUUUCUGAGCUAUCUAAAGAAGCAAGCUCUGUGUUUAUCUGGUGUUUGACACAAAGUCCCGAAUGUUACAAGCAAUGGGACAUGCUUUACCUGGACAAUCUCUCUGCAAGUGUCGUUGUGCUGAAGAAUCUAUCUAACGAGUGGAAGGAGCAUUCUGUUAGGCAUGCUUCUCUUGAACCCUUGAGGGAAACCUUGAUGAGUUUCAGGGAGAAGAAUGAGAAAGCAUCAGCAAAGGGAGAUGAUUUGGUGCGCCAUUCGUUGUUAAAGGAUGCAGAUAAAUAUUGCAAGUUGAUUUUAGGACUGUCAUCUCAAGGCCAUGGAUGCAUGAAAAGCGUGGUUUUGGUGUCUGUUUCCCUUGCUUUAGGUGUUGCUGUCAUGUCCCAAAACUUUCAACCUGAAGACCUCAAGAAAUUUGCCGCUAUGUUCAACUUCCCCCUAACUCUAAAUGGAGGAACUCAGCAAUACUGACAACAUAUACUCGGUUAAGAAAGAAUGAUCCAUAACAGUAUUGGCACAAAAUGAGUUCCUCGUUGGUCGCAGUGUAACUAGAAUCAGAAGAAGCAACAGCAGCACCCCGACAUGGCUGCUACUUUACAAGGUGUUGUGUCCCUUAUUUUCAGUAUCAAUAUGUUGUUCAGUGAGUAACUUUCCCUUUGCAUAGGCUAUCUUAAUUAGAUUGGCUUCUGUUUCUCGUCAAUGUUGAUGAGUUUCUGUCAGUGUAAUUUGGGUUAUGGUAAGUUCAUUGGCGAUCUCGAUCUAUUUCAGUCAAAUAUAGAUCGGAUAGGAAAAAUGCUCGUGUUAGCUUGACCUUCUGGGUCAAAGAUGUAAAAUGCUUAUAUAAAAUAAGGAAAGAAAUAAAUGACGGAAUAAGUGCUCCGGUUUCUUCA